AUGAGUCAGCCGCCAUCCCCCAAGCAGCUAUGCAAAAGAUGCGACCGGCUGGAACUCGGGAGGAUGCUUGCCGACGAGGUCAAUGAACGACCGAUGGGUGCCAUCUCUCACUAUCGCAAUCCAACGUGCCCGUUCUGUGGCCUAAUUGCCAGGGCCAAAGAGGUUGCCUCAGCUGACGGAUGGGACCUGACCACCUUCUCGCUCACCAACCCAUCCCCUCGGCUCUUUAUUCAGAGUCGCAGCGGGGUGUCGGUGAAAAACAAUGGCUACGUGGAUCAUCGCUCCCCGCGGUUACUGCUAGCGGUUGAUCAAAAGCCUAGCCGUCAGCAGAAUCGCCGGCCGCUUCGGGAGAUCGACCGGCUAGAGAGCAGGUAUAUAUUGGCCGAAAUCGAGUCAUUGUCCAAUGAUGACCUCCAGGGGCUCAUGCGACGACGGGAUAUCCCGUGUCGAUUGAGUGUUCCAUUGGUGCAGCACUGGCUGAAAGGGUGCAAGGAACACAAACACUCCGCGGCAGCGCUAAAGAGGGGGAGCACUGGACCAUUUGAUGGUCAGCCUUUCCGACUGAUUGAUGUGAUGCAAGAAUGCUUGACCCUUCAGCUGAAAAGAUGUGAUUAUGUGGCCUUGUCCUAUGUCUGGGGUACGUCUCCCACCAUCCUGACAUCUGAUCGUAACCCUGAAAGCUUGAUUCUGGUUACGACUCGACAAAACCUAUCUGUCUUAUGCCAUCCACACGCUCUGUCUUCCUCACAUCUCCGGCUGGGAAGAAUUCCUCAAACGAUCUCCGAUGCGAUGGAGCUUACUCGGAAAAUCGGCAUCCAAUAUCUCUGGGUGGACACGCUGUGUAUUGUGCAAGAUGACGAGCAAGACAAAGCGCGGCUCAUUAGCCAUAUUGACGAUGUCUAUGAUAAUUCAACAGUCACGAUAAUGGCCGCGACAGGUAAUGGCCCAGAUGAGGGUUUGGCAGGAAUUGGUCCUCGUGUAGGUUGCCCAAUUAAGCCACACUAUAUCCUGGACGAGAGGAACGGAGGAACUUUGUCUUUGUCCCUUUCGUUGCCGUCAUUGUGCCAUGAAGUCCGGAAGGGUGUGUGGGACACUCGGGGCUGGACGUUUCAGGAACAGAGUCUGUCACAGCGCUGUCUUUACUUUACAAGUGAUGAGAUAUUUUUCCAAUGUCCGGAGGUGCAGUGGAGGGAGGGAUAUGACUAUGGGGAGGGUCACUCACCAAACACACAGGUCCAGAUCCGCACCGGGCCUCCAUGGUGGAGUAAGAGACUCAGGAAUGACCCAGAUCCAACUCCCUACCAUUACCUAGGAGAUACAACCAAUGGGCUAGAUGUAGAAUGCUAUCAGCGUGCCGUGCAAGAAUACAGCCGAAGACAUCUGACAUAUUCUCAUGACAUACUGAACGCCUUUGAGGGCAUCUUCAACCGGUUCCAGCAGGCGCAGCAGAGUUCCCGCGACUUGAGUAUUCGCCAAACUCAAGGCAUCCCGGCUCACCUCAUGGUCCAGGCCUUACUUUGGUUCCCCUCUGAGUCAUGCCGUCAGCGCGUAUCAACGGAAAGGUUUUCUACCUGGUCAUGGGCUUCCUGGGUUGGCCCUGUAGAAUUCAUCUUUGCGGAGAGCCUUUGGCUGUCGAGGAGCAUCUCGCACGCCCCGCGUAAAAACGCCCCUCUGCACAUUGCAAUUGCUCAGUGGCACUUUGGCGAUGCGAAUAGCGGCACAUGGUCGAACCGCGCAUGGCAGCCCGCAAGGGAACUCCGAGGCCAAAGGAGCAGGCACAGCCCCACGCAAGAUCUGACCACGCAAAGGUACCUCAGCGAUGUUAUCGGAAUUCGUCCGAAGCCUCUCUUGGACCAGUCUCUUAACCCACCGCAACCAAGCCUCCGUUGUGGUCAACUGGGGUUUAUCGGUGCAUUCUUGGGCUCCGGUUCCUUUGAUCUCUCCGACGCAGUAACUGAGCGGAUCAAAUCGUUAGUGGUAUCUAAGGUUCAUAUAGGGCAAUUUCGUUUCGAUGGCGAUAUGGCCGUACCAGUGACUGAAUUGGUGAUGGUUGUGUGCACGAUUACUGUCAUGAGUUUGCCUCGGACGAUUAUGAUAUUCUUGGGUAUGACCACGCGGGAUGGAGUUUCUGUCCGCGUGGGGAUCGGAUACGCCUAUUAUUCCAAGGAUGCAGGAGCACAUAAGCCACCUUGGGAGUAUAAAUUCUUUGUUAUGGAGUGA